AUGGGACUUCCUUUACAGUGGCGGGAAAGAACGGCACACUGCGUGGGGUCCGCCAGAGUCGUGGGGACGGAGGUGAUCACUAGUCGAUACAAGGGCCAAGCUGCUAGCAGCAAGCUCAGCAUCGAGCAGCAGUUGAGAGUAUCAGCAUCCAGCUAG